AUCCAUGCUUAUCCAGUACUACUGUGAACUGUGGUUUGUUUGAAGGGAUUAGAAUCCAAUGGCUGAGCUCUUGACUGCAAGCCUCUGAGUGCACGGUGACACCUUUUGCAGACUGAUGAGAGAUUAAAAUCAUGAUAUCUCCACAGGAAACAAUUGAGGUUGGGGUUGGUUAGGCGCUACCGACAGUGACAAUGUGAUCAAACCCCGAUCAAAAAAGCCCCAACCCCCCCCUUCCCUCUCCAAAUUUAUUAAUGGUUUUGGUCUCUGGAGACCAGAUUUUUAGAGAGGGAGAGGGACUGAGGGAGAGAGGGAGAGAGAAUGAGAGAAAGGAGGAGGGGGGGGGAGAAGGGAAAGAUGUAAUACCCGUUGGGGGGCAGGCAUGUGGAUGUGUGGGGGACACCACCCACCCGCAUUGGUAAGCCCGUUAAAUUAUUGAGCGAAGGACAGGAAAAAAAAAAUAAAGGAGAGAAGGGAAAAGCAAAGACUCGGCAGCAUAACCCCUCUCACCCCUCCCCACCCAAUCCUUCUCUGUCCCUCGCUCUUGCUGUUUCAAGUCUGGUAUUCUGGGUUGCUCAGAAUAAAGGGUGCUCUCGCAAGUGGGGAUUGCAGAGGGGAAACCCGGCAAGAGCAGAAGCAACAAGAACUGAACAAGUCCUCUGUUUGGAAUUUGUUUUCCGCCACGCAACGGAAUUAGUCUCGUAUUACCUCUUUCCUGCAAUUGGAUUUCAGUUGUUAGCGACGAUGCCAAGGCCAGGCCCUAGGCCGUAUGAAUGUGUGAGGAGAGCCUGGCACAGCGAUAGGCACCAACCCAUGAGAGGAUCUCUCAUUCAAGAGAUUUUCAGGGUCGUCAAUGAGAUCCAUAACGCUGCAACUAAGAAGAACAAGGAAUGGCAGGAGAAACUCCCUAUUGUUGUCUUGAGAGCAGAGGAAAUCAUGUACUCCAAAGCGAAUUCUGAGGCGGAGUACAUGGAUCUCAAGACGCUUUGGGAGCGGUUGAACGAUGCCAUUAACACGAUUAUUCGCAGGGAUGAGAGCACUGAAACAGGAGAAGGAAACCUUCUUCAGCCUUGUAUUGAAGCCGCGCUUCAUCUAGGAUGCAUUCCAAGAAGAGCAUCGCGGAGCCAGCGUCACAGUAACCCGAGGUGUUACCUGAACCCCAGCGCGCAAGAACCCACCUCUGUCCCUCCGAGAGUUCCCGACAGCACAACCCAUAGAGGUCCCCCUCAUUUACUGCCACUCCGGUCCGGAGAUCGAACAACCUCCCCGCGGUUCUUUCCGUAUUAUUCGACUUCGACCUUCACAAGACCGACAACUAUGCACUCCCCUCGUUUAGGCUCGGAAUGCAGCACUCCUGUCACCCGAGACAACAAUCCCGCCACAUCAACAUCUCGUGAGUUCCGUUUUCCCGCCGGCAGUUUCCGUCCGUCUGGCGGUAACCAAUCCUUCAGAGCAGAAACUUACCCCCAAUCGAACUUGGGUUGCGUUUAUCCAUUGUAUUAUGGCACAGUCAUUCAAACUAAGGAGCCCCAGUUGAGCUUCCAAACCCCCCAAGUUUCAAACCGCAAUACGGUUGUCGGUCCACCUUGUGUUCCGUCCACUUCCGCUCGGGAGCCUGCUGAGAGGGGUGUCUUGGAGAAUUUCUUCCCCUGUGGUGUGCCUGUUAAAACUCCAACCACAACAGUUCAAGCAGACCCACAGAACGUUCCUGAGAGGCCUCCUGAGCCUGAGUGCGACUUAUCCUUGCGUUUGGGUCCGCUAUCAACUGAUGGCAUUGCCGCAGAGAACCGCUGGGUUCAUGAGGUUGAAGACGUUGGUUCGAGUAGUUCUCAAGAGGGGAGCAAGUUUAGCGAUUCGUCCCCACAAAACGAAAAGGAGUUUUGCUUCUUCCCCAGGGACAAUGCUGAUGAUCCUUUGGAAUCCUCUUCUAGUAAAUGGAGUUCUGAGGGUGAAGGAGGUCUGUAUCUAGAUGCACCCUUUAAGAAGCUUAAGACCACGGGUAGUAGCUCUGCUGAGGAUGGGCAAUUUUGCUGGCAACCAAAGCUUCCAUCCGACCAAUUUUUUGCGAGAAUGAAGAAGCCAGGUCUGUAGCUAGGGAAUUUGUUUUGUAGUACAUACAUUUUGAAAUCUUGAGGUUGAUCCAGGACCCUAUUUCUAAGCAGCCUUUUGUGCAACGAUUUUGUAUGUUCAAUUGUUGUUUUGUCAUGCUUGAUGAUGAAUUGGUGACUUGAGCAGCAAGCUGCACUGUCUCCACAAUGAAAAAGUGUAAAUAGAGAUUCUGAGUUUGAUUAAAAAACUACCAGGCCUUGAAAAAACUAA